AAAUCGAGAAUUCAGAACUCAAAACAUUGUGAGUGGAUCCACGGGCUUGUGGAGUAAGAUUGACCGGGAAGAGCUGUAAUGGAAAGAACUCUUCUUUCCCCUUCCCUGGCUUGGCUCUUCGCUUUCCCACCAUCGAUGCUCUCGCCAUUUCCCUGGUAGAGCAACGCAAUCAAACACAAAACUCUCUCUCUCUAUCUCACUGUUCCUCGUCCACUUUCACAAACAGCUGCUCUCUCUCUCUCUUCUUUUUACUCCCCCACCUUCCUUUCUCGCUCGCCAUAUCUGUCUCUUCUUUUGUCACUUUCUAUUUGCAUAGCAACCCCAAAAUCCGCCUCUCCAUCCCUUUGCACAUGCUCUCCAUCUUCAUCUUUCACAAUCUGGUCCUUCCCAAUUUCCUCCUCCCUAUUUCCUCCUCUUCCUCUUUCGGGUAACUUAACUUCCCUUCGAUUUACCCAAUUUCCCCCAGCUGGGUUCUUCCAAUCUCGCGCCUUUCCCAUUAGGGUUCCCUUCAAUUUUAGGGGGAAAUCAGUGAAGCAUCGCUUUUCAUCAUCCGGGCAAGUGUUAGGAUCUUGGGUUGUUUCGGAAUUUCAGUUCUCCGGGCAGCCUCUGCAGCAGCAGUCAAAUGUCACAGCAGGGGUAUGCAAUUGAGCUCUACUUCGACCCGGCGCUGGAAAACCAGGUCUUGAAAGCCUGGAACGUGCUAGCUCGCCGCCAAAUCAGCACGCAGCUCAUCGAAAUCGAGUCUCGCCCUCAUAUAACCCUGUAUUCCAACCCUUACAUCGACCCCACGAAGCUGGAAUCAGUAAUAAGGAGCUUUGCUGCAAGGCAAGAGCCUUUGCCUAUGUCUCUCUCCACCAUCGGCACCCUCCCCAGAGACAACAAUGUCCUGUUUCUAGCCCCCACGCCUUCGCUCUCUUUGCUUCAGUUUCAUUCUCAGCUCUGUGAUGCAAUGAGGAAGGAAGGAAUCGAGAUCGGGGAAGAGUACAGGCCUGAUGCUUGGGUUCCUUACUGUGCUGUGGCUCAAGACGUUCCCAAGGCGAGAAUGGCAGAUGCAUUCUGUGUUCUCAGAGACUUGAAGUUGCCUGUUAAUGGGUAUGCUAUGGAUAUUGGAGUUGUGGAGUUCACGCCAGUUCGUGAAUUAAGCUCCUUUGUGCUUGGUAACUCUGUAGAAUGAAUUGCUGUUGUUUGUUGUCUCUCAUUUAUAUUAACUUAAGCAAAUUUGUUUCAUUAAUAUGCUCCUUUCUCUUUUGGGUUACAAAGUUAGUUUUUUUCCUUCCUAUAAUGGGUGUUGUAAACUUAUAGCUAGUGGGAGAAAUUGCAGUUUCUGUUUAUGGACGUAAGAGUUGCUAAUGAGAAGAAUUCUGCUUUAAAAAACCGUCCACCGCUUGUUCUUUGCAUUUCCUAUCAAGUAAGCAGCCGUUAUGUUUUACUGAUAGUACUGAGUUUCUUCUAGCUGGUUGUUGUCUAACUUUUGCUUGCGGCUUUCGUUUUCUGUUGUUUUAGUGUGAAGAAUUUCUAUUAGCUUUGUUGAUAUCUCUUGUAGGAUGAGUCGUAUGAGAAUUGUCCAAGUCCGAAUUCCAGGCUGGUGCUGUGUAAUAUAUUAUCAUUGAUAGAAUGAAUCAGACUGACUGUACAAUGCUUAACACUGUCAGUUCCCUACGUGGAUAGCUCUCUUAUCAGUCUCAUUUGACUUGCAGCAACGACGUGUCGAUAAUCUGACGUACUAGGAUAGACAAAUCUAGUCUAGAUGCAUCCUUGUUGGUGAUUGUUUAUUUGGAAUCAAGUUUCUCUGCCGGCUUCUUGUUUCAUCAUUUGCUUUGGAACAAUCACUGACAGUUGUCGAACUUCUCGCUGCUAAUAUAUUGGAUAAUCUAAU